AAAUCUGGGCCUUAAACUCUUCAAUCUCUUCACAGAACAAAACCCCCUCUCUCUCUCUCUCUCUCUCUCUCUCUCCGCGACUGUAUUUUCCGAGACGCCAAAAUGGGUAUCAUUGAAAAGAUCAAAGAAAUUGAAGCCGAGAUGGCUCGGACUCAGAAAAACAAAGCCACUGAGUAUCAUCUUGGGCAGCUUAAGGCUAAGAUAGCAAAACUAAGGACACAAUUGUUGGAGCCUCCAAAGGGUUCUAGUGGCGGUGGAGACGGAUUUGAAGUUACGAAAUUUGGACAUGGACGUGUUUCACUGAUUGGUUUUCCAAGUGUGGGAAAGUCUACACUUUUGACAUUAUUAACGGGCACUCAUUCAGAGGCUGCAUCUUAUGAGUUCACAACGUUGACUUGCAUUCCUGGGAUUAUACACUACAAUGAUACUAAAAUUCAGUUGCUUGAUCUUCCUGGAAUUAUUGAGGGUGCUUCUGAAGGCAAGGGACGUGGUAGACAGGUUAUUGCUGUUGCUAAAUCUUCAGACAUAGUAUUGAUGGUUCUUGAUGCCUCCAAAAGUGAGGGUCAUAGGCAAAUAUUGACUAAGGAGUUGGAAGCUGUCGGUUUGCGGUUAAACAAGAGACCACCUCAGAUAUAUUUCAAAAAGAAAAAGACGGGGGGCAUUUCAUUCAACAGCACUAUGCCUUUAACUCAUGUGGAUGAGAAGCUUUGUUAUCAGAUUCUACACGAGUACAAAAUUCACAAUGCAGAGAUCCUUUUCCGUGAGGAUGCGACAGUGGAUGAUUUCAUAGAUGUCAUUGAAGGAAACCGUAAAUACAUGAAGUGUGUAUAUGUCUACAACAAGAUAGAUGUUGUUGGUAUUGAUGAUGUGGAUAGAUUAUCCCGUCAACCUAAUUCUGUUGUCAUUAGCUGCAAUUUGAAGCUGAAUUUAGACAGACUACUUGCAAGGAUGUGGGAUGAAAUGGGUUUGGUUCGAGUUUAUACAAAACCACAAGGCCAGCAGCCUGAUUUUGGUGAUCCAGUGGUUCUUUCAGCUGAUAGAGGUGGCUGCAGUGUAGAAGACUUCUGCAACCACAUACAUAGAAGUUUGGUGAAGGAUGUGAAGUAUGUUCUGGUCUGGGGUACAAGUGCUAGGCACUAUCCGCAACAUUGUGGCCUUAGUCAUGUUCUUAAUGAUGAGGACGUUGUUCAGAUUGUUAAGAAAAAGGAAACUGACGAGGGAGGAAGGGGUCGAUUCAAGUCGCAUUCUGACGCUCCUGCUCGGAUAUCAGACAGACAGAAGAAGGCUCCACUAAAACAAUAAUUAUAUGAUACUUCCAAUGAUUUUGUUGAAUUGGUACGUGGAUGGAAAAAAAGAGUGGAUGUUGGUGAUAUAUCCAGCAGCAAAAGUUGUCUUUUUUUGGUUCCUCUUCCAACAUAGGAUUGAAUGUUCCUCCUUUUUGCACUUUACAAAGUGGAACACCUAUGUUCAUCACCCAUGUGUUGUAAUUUUUUAAUCCUUUCAACAGUAGCUUUUUAUUAAUCUAUGAAGUCUGCACAAUGAGUUGAGAAAUAGAAAGUAAAGGAAACAUGAACUGCAUCUUGAAAA